GAAACUGAAAACAUUGCCAUUGAGGAAACAAACUCGAUUGAUUGUCAAACCAAUCCCAGAGGGUCAAGUGUACAGAACCAGCAAUGCAGAUUACUGCUUAACGUUCAUCUGUGGCAGUGUCAACAGUCAGUGGGCCCACCUACCUACCUACCUACCUACCUGUCUAAGGAACAUUAGAGAUUGACUGAGACAACAGUAAGGUUUGACCACAGGGGUCAGAAGGGCUGAAGAUGGCUGGGUUCCUGGACAACUUCCGCAUGCCGGAGUGUGAGUGCAUCGACUGGGGGGAGAGGAGAAAUACCCUUGCAUCUAUCGUCGCCGGAGUCCUGGUAAGUGCUGGGGCAUGAAAGUGUGUGUGACUACACAUGUCCUGGCAAUACCACAACAAAACUCAAUAGUGGGAGAUUCCAGCGAUUAUGGAUGUUAAAUUUGCAUGCAAAAUCACAACUUAAAUGUCUCACAGAAUGAACAAACAAAAUAUAAAUGUAACUUUUGUCUGCCUAUAGUUCCUCUUGUAAAUAUUGACAUGUUGGAGAAAUAAAGCAAAUAAGAAGCAU